AUGUCCAAUCAAACUCUUGGUGCUCUUGGAGAAUUUUGUUUGCACCUGGUUCCAAUCAAUUGGAUCUCCAGCGAACCUGCUUCGCUAGCCGAGGACCAGGCCGCAUUUGGUGGAAUGAAGAGAUUGCAGCAGUUUGGCAAGGCACGAGUCGCUCGCAACAUUGUUGCGGCUUUCCCUCAAAGGGCUUUGGACAUCAUUCGAGGAGGUCAGUUUCAAGGUGGUGACUUGGAUGUUGGGGCCAACUACGUGUGGCUUCGGCCAAUUGUCGCGGAGUUCAAGCGUUUUGUGCCGGGGUCAUUGGUAGUGACCGAUAUCCUGGUGUAUGCUGACAGUCUUUUGGACGGGAAGCUUUUCCCCCAAGUUCCCAAGCUGGCGCAAAUCAGCAAAGAGGCGAGCCGGAUCAAGAAGCUGGUUGGAACCUUGCGAACCCUGUACCGCAACAGCCAGCCAGUUGAACCUGAGGAAAUUUUCAGUUUGGGAGACCAAAUCAGUUGA